CUCCCGUCAUGCAUUUCAGUUGAACGCAUCGAAUCAAGUGUGUUUUCGCGAUGCGCGACGAUUCCACGCUGAUUAAGUUGAAGCAUAAUACAAGUAAUAAAAGAAACUAUAAGUGACGAGCGUGUCUGUUCGAAUAUUUGUGCUUUCUUCUUUUGAAAGUUUCAAAGGGUCAAACUGCAUAUCCGGUAUCGAGCGGCACCUCGGUAGGAAAGAUUACAUCGAUUUAUUCUGUCUUGGGACCCAAUCGCGUGGUAAACAAAGAAUUGUAGUUUGCGUGCACUGAUCGGUGCCGGUAGAAACCGGUUCGGUUACAAUAGUAGACAUUAAUGCGUAAAAGGGAUAAUAUUUAUGUUCGGUGGUACGUGUGGUACUCAGGACGAUUCGAAGAAUAGAUGAAAUUGAUUAGAAAUUGAAUCAGAAUAGAGAAUCAGAAACAUGACUGCUACAGAAGAAACUGAACCGCUAAUUUCAUCGAGAGACUCUGCUAGUUUUAGCGGAAGUAAAUCACAAACGGUCUCGUACAAUGCGAUCUCAAUGGGAGAAGGAAAUGGAAAAACAGCAGCAUCGUGUAAGACAGCUUCCGAUACAUUGUCGUUCAAACUAAAGCCCAUCUUACAUUCUUCGAGUACAGUGGUAACGCCAUUGAUAGCGACGUUGAUACCUCGUUCUACCGGCAGUAUCGAAAACGAAUCAAUUACAUACACAUGGAGUGAUUUGAACGUGUAUGCUGCCAAAAGAGACGAGAAGCCAUGGGACAGUCUUUUAAGGAGGAAGAAACCAGUCGAAAGAAGACACUUGUUGAAGGACGUGUGUGGAGUAGCAUAUCCAGGCGAAUUAUUAGUAAUUAUGGGAUCAUCGGGUGCUGGUAAAACAACGUUACUGAAUGCGCUGACGUUUCGUUCGGGUUCUGGGGUAACUGCAUCCGGUGUAAUGGCUGCUAACGGACGAAGAGUAUCUUCUACGAUACUGACAUCGAGAACAGCAUAUGUGCAACAGGAUGAUCUAUUCGUUGGCACUUUGACCGUUAAGGAGCAUCUUCUGUUUCAAGCUAUGGUUCGCAUGGAUCGAAGGAUACCUAUGGAACAGAGAUUCGAUCGAGUACAGCAAGUAAUCAACGAGCUUGCUCUGAGCAAAUGCAAAAAUACGGUGAUCGGACAACCAGGUAGGAUCAAAGGUCUUUCUGGAGGUGAAAUGAAAAGGCUAUCGUUCGCAUCGGAAGUUCUUACCGAUCCGCCAUUGAUGUUUUGCGACGAACCUACGUCAGGUCUUGAUUCUUUUAUGGCGCAUCAAGUGGUUUCCGUAUUGAAAACUUUAACUGCGCGCGGUAAGACGAUCGUCGUUACAUUGCACCAACCGUCGUCGGAACUGUUCGCUCUCUUCGACAGAAUUUUGUUGAUGGCCGAAGGGAGAGUAGCUUUCAUGGGCACAACAUCGCAAGCUUGCACCUUUUUCGAGACACUCGGCGCUGCUUGCCCUAGUAAUUACAACCCGGCUGAUUAUUUUGUUCAAAUGUUGGCGGUCGUGCCAGGGCAGGAGACAUCCUGUCGUCACGCGAUAAAUACCGUGUGCGACACAUUCCAAAAGAGCGAUCAUGGUAUUAAGAUUGCAUUGGAAGCGGAGGCAGUAAGCGGCGAAUUCGAGGACUCUCUGCAAGAUGCAAAGUACUCGAAAAAUCGAUCGCCGUAUAAAGCAAGCUGGUGCGAACAAUUUCAUGCAGUUUUAUGGCGUUCUUGGCUAUCGGUUAUUAAGGAACCGAUCCUUAUCAAAGUCCGCCUGUUGCAGACCGUCAUGGUAUCACUAUUGGUCGGAAUCGUUUAUUUCGAUCAACGGUUAGAUCAAGACGGAGUAAUGAACAUCAAUGGUGCUUUGUUUAUAUUUCUGACUAACAUGACUUUCCAGAAUGUUUUUGCCGUAAUCAAUGUUUUCUGCGCAGAGUUGCCGAUAUUUUUACGAGAACACCGAAACGGUAUGUAUCGUACCGAUGUGUAUUUUCUAUGUAAGACACUCGCAGAAGCACCUAUCUUCAUCGCGGUACCGCUUCUCUUCACUAUCAUCGCUUAUCCCAUGAUUGGAUUGUACCCAGGGAUCGAUCACUUUUUCAUUACCGCUGGUAUUGUUGCGCUUGUCGCAAAUGUUUCCACGUCUUUCGGCUAUUUAAUAUCCUGUGUCAGCAGCAACUUAUCCAUGGCGCUAUCUAUCGGACCACCUGUGAUAAUACCGUUUCUGCUGUUUGGUGGAUUUUUCUUAAAUACAGCGUCCGUUCCAUCCUACUUUAAAUGGUUCUCUUAUUUAUCUUGGUUUCGUUACGGUAACGAAGCUCUUCUUAUUAAUCAAUGGUCGCAAGUAGAGUUUAUAGAAUGCACAAGAAGCAACGCGACUUGCCCUAAAUCUGGUCAAAUGGUUUUGCAAACGUUCAAUUUUAAGCAGGAGCAUUUCUGGACUGACAUCGCCUGCCUGUUCGCCUUAAUCGUUGCAUUUCGUUUUUUGGCAUUUCUGGCUUUACUGUCAAAGACUUGGACCAAUUCCAAACAAAGAUAGGAAAAAGAGUACGCAAUUAAAAGUUACGUUUUAUGAUCGCUGCCAAUCGUUGCUAUGAUAUCAAGAACCUCGCACAAACAGUGCCGUUUUCGCCGGAUAACGCUUCUUCGUAAUGUUAUUUAUUCUAUACGUUUAUAUACGACGAAUGAUUAAUUUUAACAUUUAUUAGUUAUCUAUAUCGUCAUAUUAAAAUAAUCCAAGUUAUUUUAUGUAAUUUAAUCGGAUAAUAUCAAACGCAAAUUACGUGUAUAUUUGUAUUGUAUAUUAUACGUAUAUUUAUAUUAUAUGUAUAUGCAUGUA